AUAUCCAUUUGCUUAAAACUGAAGAAAAAAUUGAAAAAAAAAUUCCUUACAUUAUGUAAUAAUUUACAUUUAUAAUGUAAUUGGAUAUGUAUCUUGCACUGCUUCAGCUCCAGGCAGAACACAGUUUGAGUUACCCAAUCAAUACAAGGCAUUCUUGGGACAAUUCAAGCAUGUCUGUACAGGGAGGCUGAACCAAUUUCACUGCAGUUUUGUCUAAUUCAAGUAAGCAAAACCAGUACAGACUUCACAGGGAUCCAAACUAAUCUGUUUUGGGGAAUAAACCCAUCAAUAGGAAACAGGGUGAAAAUCUCUGCUCGUUUUGGCUCUGAUGCUAAUUUAUUGAGACAAAAAUUAUGUGCUUUUACAAUAAUUGUUUUGUGUAUGUUUUUAAUUUUAAUUUUUUUUCGCAUUUCACAUUUAUAGUUUAACAGCACCCGUUCGCCCUCCCCAAUUGAGUGUUGCCACAUGACCCCCUGGAGUAGAAAGGUACUGGAAAAACAAGCAAUCCUCAAUUAACAGCCCUGUCUCACUCUUCCCCCUUCCAGAUCCUAACCCUUCCUCUUGCUUCGCUUUUCACUUGCUAACUUUACUGCGCUAAAAGAAGCCAUUUCUGUUUUUCUCAUGUCAGUAAGACACAAUAAUAACUCUUUUCCCCCCUUUCUUUCAUUCUUCACACCUUGGAUAGGUUUCAGGAGCUCAAGGCCACAAAGCUGCCUCCCCCUAUCACCUCCUUUAAAAAGCCUGAACUCGGACAGACUCAAUAGCAUUAGCAAUUCCAUUUAAUUCUCUUGCCAUGUUUUGCAACUGCCUCUUUUUUUUUCCUAAAUGGUAGGAAAUGGUUUGGAUAAUACCACACCAACAGCAGGUGUUUAUUCUCCGGCCAUUUGGUGAUGCCACUGCUUGAAGAGCAGGAGAUCUGGCAGCCAGGGCCACUCUGCCUGCUUUGUCCAGCACUUCUUUGUCAUCCAGGGAAGGAUGAAUUCGGCAACAAAUGCAGCGUGUGUGUGUGUGUGUGUGUGUGUGUGUAUGUGUGUGUGUGUGUCCCUUGCGUGUGUGCAAGGGUGGGUUUUUUGCAUGCAUGCAUCAAACUUAGGGCGGGGGGGGGAGUUACCUAGGAAACAAAGUCUUUUGUGCUUGAAGUUUAUAUGAGCUAUUCACGUCUGCCGGGAAUCGGCACAAAAGCUGCAGGCAGAAAGAAGGCUGCAAUGUUUGACUGAAAUCCUACGUGGGAAAAGAGGGUUUUCUGCGGGCGGGAGAAGAGGAAACCUGUGUUGUCUUGGGUCUGGGGGUGCUGCAGGAGGUGACACUGACGAGUCCCAUCCACCAGAGGACGAAGAUACAGAUGUCAUGUUAGGGCAGAGGCCGAAAAAUCCAAUACAUAAUAUCCCUUCUACACUGGAUAAACAAACCAAUUGGAGUAAAGCACUACCUCUCCCAACUCCAGAGGAGAAAAUGAAACAAGAUGCCCAAGUGAUUUCUUCUUGCAUUAUCCCCAUCAAUGUCACUGGAGUUGGUUUUGACAGAGAGGCUAGUAUACGCUGCUCUCUUGUUCAUUCACAAUCUGUACUACAGCGGAGACGAAAGUUGAGGAGGAGGAAAACCAUCUCUGGCAUCCCCAGAAGAGUGCAACAAGAAAUAGAUUCAGACGAGUCGCCAGUGGCGAGAGAGCGCAAUGUGAUUGUGCACACAAACCCAGAAUUCUCUGGCUCCAGCAACAGGAGGUUGGGGACCCGGGAUUCGGAGUGCCAGACAGAAGAAAUCCUGAUUGCUGCUCCCUCCCGGCGACGGAUCCGUGCCCAGCGGGGUCAGAGCGUUGUUGCCUCCCUCUCCCACUCCACUGGCAACAUCCUGGUGCUGGCGGACAACGGGGAUGCAGUCUUUGCUGCUGCUGUGAGCAACCGCAUCCGCUCGCGGAGCCUUCCCCGCGAGGGCGCCCGGGCCAGCGAGGGCCAUCAGGAUGCCACCACCAAGAGUGCAGGGUACGAAGCAGAGCACUUCCUAGCUGGUCAGGAGAGGAUCCCGAAAAAGGGGAAGGAGAUCUUGAGCAAGCAGGGUUCACAGGAGUGCCAGCCUAUUGGUUUAACGUGUCCUCAGCACCUGCAUAGCCCCGAGCACAGCAUCAGCGAGAGGGGGAGAUCGCGGCUGUCAAGGAUGGUUGAUUCAGGCAGCUGUGAAAUUUCAUCCAACUCAGACACCUUCGGGAGCCCAAUUCACUCCAUCUCCACAGCAGGAGUCCUGCUCAGUAGCCAUAUGGACCAGAAAGAUGACCACCAGUCCUCCAGUGGCAACUGGAGCGGGAGCAGCUCCACGUGUCCCUCCCAGACAUCUGAAACCAUUCCUCCUGCUGCCUCUCCUCCACUAACAGGCUCUUCACACUGUGACUCCGAGCUGUCACUCAAUACCGCUCCCAAUGCCAACGAGGACUCCAGUGUCUUCAUCACAGAGCAGUUUGGUGACCAUGCAGACAAGGUCAGGGGCCACAGGGCAAGCUCCUUCACAUCCACUGUGGCAGAUUUACUGGAUGACCCCAACAACAGCAACACGAGCGACAGUGAAUGGAACUACCUGCACCAUCACCAUGACGCCUCCUGUCGCCAGGAUUUCAGCCCUGAGCGCCCAAAGGCAGACAGCCUGGGAUGUCCCAGCUUUACCAGCAUGGCCACCUAUGACAGCUUCCUUGAAAAGACUCCCUCUGACAAGGCAGACACUAGCUCACACUUUUCUGUGGAUACUGAAGGAUACUAUACCUCCAUGCACUUUGAUUGCGGUCUGAAGGGUAAUAAAAGCUAUAUUUGCAACUAUGCAGCCCCAGGCUCCGAGAGUGGCCAGACCGGGAGCAUGGCUUCCAGCCUAGCCGACUGUGCCUGGCAGGAGUGCGUGGGCCACAGGAGGCAGGCACGGCAGUGCAUCUCACUGAAGAAACCAAAGGCAAAGCCAGCCCCACCAAAACGCAGCUCAUCUUUGAGGAAAUCAGAGGGCAGCACCGACCUUCCUGACAAGAAAGAACCAAAGAUCGGUGGUGGGCAGCAUGUUUCUCACACUGCCAGGGAGAUGAAGCUGCCCCUUGAGUUUUCAAACACACCUUCCCGAGUGGAAGGCCCCAGCCUGCCAGCCAAACAGGAGCUUCCCUGGCCAAACCAGGAUGAUGGCGGGUUAAAGGACACUCAAUUUGACACCGCCAGUAUCCCCUCCUUUAAAGAUGAAGGUGCUGAACAACCUCACUAUGCAGACCUCUGGCUUCUGAACGACUUGAAAUCUAGUGAUCCUUACAGGUCCUUGUCCAAUUCAAGCACUGCUACGGGUACUACAGUCAUAGAGUGCAUCAAGUCACCAGAGAGCUCUGAAUCCCAGACGUCUCAGUCUGGGUCACGAGCUACAACCCCAUCCCUCCCCUCUGUUGAUAAUGAGUUUAAGCUGGCCUCCCCGGAGAAGUUGGCAGGGUUAGCCUCACCCUCCAGUGGGUACUCCAGCCAGUCAGAGACACCCACCUCUUCUUUUCCGACAGCUUUCUUUUCAGGACCAUUGUCUCCAGGGGGGAGCAAGAGGAAGCCGAAAGUUCCAGAGAGGAAGUCAUCGCUGCAGCAGCCACUUUCAAAAGAUGGCACCGCCUCAGUGAGCAAAGACCUCGAACUUCCGAUUAUACCUCCUACUCACCUUGACCUAAGUGCUCUUCACAAUGUCUUGAGCAAGCCCUUCGCUCACAGGCACCAGCUGCAUACCUUUAGCCACAGCAAGCAAAGCGCAGUCGGGGAAGCCCUGCAGCCCGGCCCUCCCUCUGCCCUCGCCAUCACACCCUCCGUUCUCAAGUCAGUCCACCUCCGGGCAGUCAACAAGCCUGAAGGAGUGAAACAUAAAGGCAGUACCCCAGACCUGCUCUGCAUACAGGAGACCACCUUGAUGGCAACUGAGGUCUCUCCAGGCAAAAUGAGGCCACUCUUAGCUAAGAAACCAGUAUCACGCCAGUACUCUACAGAUGAGGCCAUAAUGCUGUACAUUGACACUUCCCCAGCAGAAGCAGGCCCUGGAAAGCCACCUUUAGAGAAAAGCUCCUCUUUUGGUGGGCAGAAUAGCUGUGAUAGAGAAGCUGUAACUUCAGCAAGUGUGGGUCUGGUUGAAAUCAAGCCUGGGAAGGACCAAACACACCUGGCUGCUGAACACUUACCAGAAAGCUCUCUGAAUCAGACAGCUGCCAUCCCCAUGGAUGGCUUUCAGAAGGGCUCAGCUGUCCCCACAAGUGAUGAUGAAAUAAAGAAACCUGUUCAGGGAGCAGAAACAGUGAAGGAUCUUCAGCAGGAAGUGCAGGCUCAGCAAGAGCUCUCCACAGGCAGCGAGGAGAAGGUGGAAGCUGGGCCCGUGGAUGAAAGCCCAGCUCAGGCUGAGGGACCGGCCAUCACCUAUCAAUUUAAGCACGAACCCGAUGUAAGCCACCAUGUGCCUGGGAGUAUCAGCUACGAAGCAGAGAUGACAGCAGUAGAUUCACUCAGUGAAGAGGGUUACAAGCAGGAAAAUGAUAUCACAUCAGGUAUCCCAACCAAAAGUGCCUCUGAUGACAGCAGGGCAGACGAGACGGUGGGCAGCACAGAUGAGCCUUCACUGAAAGAGUCUUCUCCAAGCGAUGAGUCCAUCAUGUCUCCACUGAGCGAGGAGUCACAGGCUGACACUGAGGAUGUCUUUGUGUCUCCAAAUAAACCUCGUACUACUGAGGAUCUAUUUGCAGUCAUUCACAGAUCAAAAAGGAAAGUUCUUGGGAGAAAGGAUUCUGGAGACCUUUCCGUAAGAAACAGAUUGAGAGCUUCAUCUGGGACCAGCAGCCAGCCUCCCACCAGCAGCACACUGCCUACCAGCAACAUGCCACCAGCCAGCAACGUGGGCACUCCCAUUAGCAGUCAGAGGUCCCCUGGGCUCAUAUACAGGAAUGCCAAAAAGUCCAACACAUCCAAUGAGGAGUUUAAGCUACUGCUCCUCAAAAAGGGCAGCCGAUCUGAUUCCAGCUACAGGAUGUCUGCCACAGAAAUUCUGAAAAGUCCUAUUUUGCCCAAGUCUCCUGGAGAGCUGACAGCAGACGCCCUUCAAAGCACGGAAGAGUCUCCUCCCACAACGAGCCCUGAUGCAUUAUCGCCGCUCUCCCCCUGCUCCCCCAGGGUCAACACGGAAGGAUUCUCCUCCAAGAACUUCCCCAUGUCGGCGUCCUCGCGGGUGGGGCGGUCGCGGGCGCCGCCGGCAGCCAGCAGCAGCCGGUACAGCGUGCGCUGCAGGCUGUACAACACGCCCAUGCAGGCCAUCUCCGAGGGGGAGACCGAGAACUCGGAUGGCAGCCCCCACGACGACCGGUCUUCUCAAAGCUCUACAUAGGCUGUGUGGCUGCCAGGACCCGGCUGCCAACACCACUCAAGCUCUUAAGGAUGUCAACGUAAGAGGCCAAUGCUGUAGCAAUCAAAAAAACAAAGAAACAAAAAGAAGAAAAAGAGAACAAUCACAGGGCAAUAUCAAUGCUUUGAUGUGUUUGCAUUUGGAAGACGCUGGGGAAACAAAAGGACUACAGCUGUAGCUAUUUAUUACACUACAUUUUCUAAAAGGAUGAAGAUAUGCUAUGCCUGUUCUGUUUUCUUUUGGCUUCAUUUGGUUUAUGCCACUCUCAUUUCCAUUGUCACUGUAGAUUUCAAGGCUAUUCACUUUCCAUAGAGUUAAAGGUGACUUUGGGUGGGUUUUUUCCCAGGAGCUGCCCAUCUAGAAACAAAUCCCUCACUGUAGUGCUUCCCUAGGGAGAAAACAAAAAAAACUAAGAAAAUGCUCUUGAGAAUUGGUAUUUUUCUACACUAAAAUGAGCUGAAACAAACUUUAGAAAAAAUUAACAAAACAUAUGUAAAUAUCAUAUUUUUGAUAAAAAUUUGUAAAUAGGAUUAUCAAAAAGUGGACGUGGCAAACGAUUUACUGCAUAACAACUUUGUUUAUAGAAGACAAAUUAAUUCAAUUGUAAUAACUGUAUUCUGUGAAUACCAUUUUCAUAUCAAACAUGAAACAUGGCCACCAAUAACCACUUUCAGUGUGACAGGCCUGAAGGAUGGCAUUGAGCAGUGGAAAGCAGGAAUUUUCCAACUUAGUUAAGGAAAUGGAAAGGCUAACUAUGAGGGGAUUCAAGAAACCAUUUGUCUUUCUAAGGCAGCUCCAAAGAAGCUAACUGGAAAGCACAGCUGGGAGGGUUACCAUGAGCAUCAGUGGGGAAGAUGAGUGUGAUUCUGACAGAAUAAACCUGGUCUGAUGCUAAGCCUCAAAGGGUCCCACCCCACAGCCUCCCCUGGGCCUUUAUUCUUGCAGGGAUUGCUUCAGAGAGGAUUGAUGUGAGAGGAAACAGUACUUAACUUUCAUAUUUCUAUUAGGCUAUUGGGAUACAUAAUACAAUCAUAACCUGGUACCUAUAAUCUUUAAACACGAUUAGUUUCUGGUUCGUAAAAGAAACAAAUAAAUUAUAAGCAUGCAAGAAGCGCUUUCGAUUUACCAGUAAAUAUCUGCAACGAGUUUUCAGUGAAGCUUUCUCUUUGUGCUGAUGAGAUUCAUGCUACCUAAAUAUUUACAAAAAUGACACUGUGAAAACGUAGCUGGGAAAUAGGUAUGUGUAUGCAUUAUUUAUAUUCAUUGCUGAGCUGAGAAGGGGAAAGCUCCAGUUCAUUGUGCCAGCCACGUACAGUAGGGAUCUUGUCUGGAUUUACCAGAAACACAGAACAGGGUGAGGGACUGGGUUGGGGUGGGAAAGGAGACAAAUCAAAGUAGCUGCUUUGAUACAAAUGAAGGCAGGGAGAUAAAAGCUGAAUUACUUGAAGUUACUUGACUAUUCUCAUCUUAAAACCACAAGAACCCAUGAGUUGCUUUAAACUUUUAAUUUUUAUAAAACAGAAUAAAAUCAACAGACCUGAUUCUCCUUCGGGCCAUCACAAUUUCCACUGAUGUAGCCCCAUCUGUGCUACUUACAGGACAGGGCCCUCUUUAUCCAAAACUCAUGCAGUUGGCAAUGGUUGCUGUAGUAUAUGGUUAGGAAAAGAGGAGAGGUUAGUGCAGAGAAAAUAGUGAAGGAGGAAUGGAGUAUGCAGUAGGACAGCUCAAGUAGGAUGGCAGAAAGAGCAUUCUUUGGUAUAAAGGAAUUGGCUAAAAGCUGGCUUUAAGCAGAAGUAAAGGACUGGAGGCAGGAUGUGUGAAUUCAGUUUUUGGUUUGUUUUUUUUUCUUUUAAUCAGGUAAUGCAUAAAGAGAGAGUUAUUAAAAGAAGGUAGAUCAUGUUUUAAAGAGGAAGGUUCUAUCUAAAACUGUUACAAUUUCAAGUAGUCAAAGCAAAUCAGAACAGUUUAUCAUAUCCAAAAUGUUACUCACCAGAAGACCCACAUCUGAUUUUGUCUAGUGAUUACCACAAGACAUGUAUUAUUCAGUUUCCUACUGUCCUCCUGUGUAGCCUGGUUGCACUCAGUUGAUGUGGCAGAGUCACUGUGCAUCUGAUAGGUGUGUUGGGAUGAGGGAUGAUCCAUCAGUUGAAGGGCUGCAAAAUCGUCUAAAAUAGUUUUUAAAAAGUAAUGGGAGAAAGGGUUUGGAAACAAAAGGCUAAUCACAUUAGCAGCUUAGGUAGGAAAAUAAGUCUGAACACAAGUGAAGUGAAUGAAUGAGAAUGUUUUAGAAUGAAAUGUUUAGCAUAUAACAAACCACCUUCUGGAGAAUAUGACAAAAGCUAGUUUAGAUAAUGGGCAGAAAGUCCUUAGUUUGUCAUCUUCAGU